UGCUUUUAUUGAGGUAUGAUAAAGUUGUGGAGAUAACUGAAAUGGUCUUGCAUAAAAAGGAAUCUCAAGUCGUACUAAAUUAAUCAUAAAUGAAAAUAGGUAUUUCUCGAGAGAUAUUGCUUUCAGAAAUACGGCUAGCAAACCGUUACUCACAUACACCAUCAAUCAAUUAUUUACAAGAUGAUUAAGAUGGAGCGAAAAGUCCCUUGGUUUAGGCAGAUUUUGCAAGGCAAAUCACCACAAAAAGUGCGGCAAAAACACUAACCUAAUUCAAUAAUGUUGCAAAUAAAUAACCGGCUGACAAAACAAAAAUAUUUACAAUAAAAACCAAGCAAGACAGGAAAUGGACCCUGAUUUUCAGAUGGUUUUGGGGUUAUCGCGCUGCUAAUUUGUAGCUUUAGAUGCCAAUCUCGUGCAAAUAGGCACCCCAUGCUCCGUGCGCUAAGCCACCGGUCUAGCCAAUUUGCGUUAAGGGCUUGUGGGCCAGCUGGUAGUUAGGAAAACCCUAUACAACAAUAAUGGUAACUCGGUGGUUGGGACUGAAACAAAUACCUCUAGGCCUUAGAUAUUAAAGCACUUCGCACCCAGCGAAGACAACAAUGCACUGACCAAACCCAUACGAGAAUACGAAAUGAAAUGCUACUUUGUUUUUGUAAUUCAAAUGAGUCGCAUGAUCGUCCGUUAGCUGGGUCGGUUUUUCGACAAGAGCUAGCUAAGCCGUUCAUUCCAUUGAGGACUGCAAAUUGAAAGCUGCUGCACACGGCCUUGGUUACAUCGGUGGCUCACUUAGCAAGACCUCGAAGUUGGACGAGUUCCGCGUAGUCUCCCGUCAUUGACAAGCAAUGAUUUCCAACGCGAAUCGAUACGGGACAGAUGAAGAGGUAGCUUUGAACAACAGCAACACGAAAAGCUCAACCGAGGUGAAGUUAGUCUCCAAGCACCGACACAGGGCGUACUCCAAAUCCACUCGUAUUUUCACCUUGAUCAUCCUCCUUCUACUUGUCUCCUGUGCCGUUCUUAUCGUACUCUACACCAUGGAGCGGUCGCGUCGUAUCCGCGCCCAGAGAAACACCGAUGACGGAACAGAAACUCGACUACGCCGUGUCUGCACAACAAAGGAGUGUGUCCGAACGGCCUCAGCCAUCAUCUCUGCCAUGGAUGAGAAAGUAGACCCUUGUCAUGAUUUCUAUAUGUUUGCGUGCGGUGGCUGGAAGCGCGACCAUCCCAUUCCUGACGAUGAGCCUUACUGGACGCAGUUCAUUCAGCUGACGGAAGAGAACUUUAAGGUCAUCAGAAGACUCAUCGAGAGUCGUGCAACGCGGAAAAAGUAUCAACACAACCCCACACUAGAAAAGGUAUUUGCCUAUUACGACUCUUGCGUAGACACGAAUGCCAUCAACGACGCGGGCCUUACUCCUCUCACCCAAAUUAUCGAGACGUAUGGAUCGUGGAACAUCACUGUGGAUGGAUGGAUGGGCGAGUGGAGCAUGGUAGAGCGCCUGGCAGCAAUGCAGCGGGACCUGAAGAUCAAACCACUGAUCAGCAUCAGCGUGGGCGCAGACUUUCACAAUUCAUCAGUCAACAGGAUCAUGAUUGACCAGACAAAUCACUACAUCACCCGUGAGAGCUAUCUGUCGAACUCGUCAUAUAAUAUACCGGUGCGUAAAGCAUAUUUCCAACUUAUGCUGGACAUUGCAGGAAUUCUAGGAGCGGAGAAAAAUCAAGAAGUAGUGACACAGUUCCAAGAAAUCAUCGACUUUGAACAGGAAUUAGCAAAAAUAUCUUUACCGAAUUCAUUCAGAGUAGAACUUAGUCAGAUGUUUACUCGUAUGACCGUACGGCAACUUUCCAACGAGACGGGUAACCAGCUUGACUGGCUUACACUUCUAAGGUUUAUAUUCCAAGACUCCGGGUACCAGAUUAAUGAAGACGAAGAAGUACUAGUAUUUGCAAUUGAUUCCAUGAGAAAGCUAGUGAACCUAACAGUAAACACGCCAAAAAGGGUCAUACGCAACUACAUGAUGUGGCAAGUGGUCGUCAACCUGUUCAAGUAUCUUGGCAACCGAUUCCAGUGGCCGUUCCGAAGCUUCAACAUGGUGGUCAGCGGCAGUAGUGGUGCUACCUCGUCACAAUGGCAGAAAUGCCUGAAUGAGAUGAGUGACAACAGAAACGAGAUAAGCUACCCGCUAGGACUGCUCUAUGUCGACGAGAAAUUUCAGAAGGAAAGCAGAGAAAAGGUUACAAGUUUAAUAAACGAUCUUCGAGAAAGCUUUAUAUCCAACCUUCAGAGCCUUGACUGGAUGGAUGGCGAAACAAAGGCUAAGGCUACAGAAAAGGCAAGAGCGAUACGGCAAAAUAUCGGUUACCCAGACUACAUCAUGGAUACAGAAGAACUGAAUAAAAGACUCAAUCAGUUACAAACGACCAACAGCUCUUACUUCAAAAACAUACUUAAUCUACGAGAAUUCAGCGUCUCUAGGAACCUUCAAAGACUUCGAGUUCCAGUCGAUAAAAGCAGAUGGAUUGUGGCUCCACACAUUGUGAAUGCAUUCUACGACCGAGUGACCAACAAAAUAAGUUUCCCCGCUGGCAUUCUUCAACCACCGUUCUUUGACCUUGAUUUUCCAAGGGUGGUUAGUUACGGCGGUAUAGGCAUCGUCGUGGCGCAUGAGAUAACCCACGGCUUCGAUAGUAACGGGCGGAAGUACAACAAAGUAGGAGACUUGUACAACUGGUGGUCUAACUCGUCCAACGACGGCUUUGUCAAUAAAUCCCAAUGCUUCGUGGAUCAGUACUCCAGUAUACAGGCCUAUGGCACAUAUCUAAAUGGAAAGCAAACUCUGGGAGAGAAUAUUGCAGAUAAUGGAGCAAUAAAACAAGCAUUCAUGGCCUACAAGACCUGGGUGAAACAGCACGGCGAGGAGCCGCUCCUCCCAGGACUGAACUACACUAAUGACCAGCUUUUCUUUAUCAGUGCAGCUCAGGUGGAUUGUGGUUCCAUUCGACCUCAGACAGCACGGAAAAAGAUCGAGCUCGGAACACACACUCUUGACUACUGGAGAGUUUUGAUGGAAAUGGCAAACUCCUACGACUUUUCAUCAGCCUAUAACUGUCCAGUUGGAUCGCGAAUGAACCCCAAGAAAAAAUGCGAAUUAUGGUGACAAGAGGUCCUAGAAGAGAGCAGUAGGGAACUCAUCCGCUAAUGGCUAGCUAUUUAUAUCGCAUAAAAUAAAAAUAUUAUAAAUACAUACGUUCGUCGAAAAAUAUAAGUAAGAGUGUUCACCAUACGGUUAAAUAAAAGUCACACAACAGGUACGGAAAUAUUUAAGGAUGAUUUGAGGGUCUUCCUCCAUCAAUCAGAGUUGCUUCCCUAACCGAUCAUUAUUAGUAGAAAACUCAAACAUGGGGCCCCAUAACUCAACGAUACUUAAAUAUUGCCUUUACAUAAACUUCCAAGUAAAAGAUUCGUACUAACAAAAUACUGCGUAGAAAAAAAUAAACACCAAAUACAUGGCUAUAAUAAAAAUCAUUAGUCAAAUUAAAUUAAAAAAUAAAAUAAUACACGAGUAAUUGUGCGCCAAAACAAAUUUAUUUUACUUAAGGUGAGUUUCUUCCAAUUAAUUUUUUUUAUCAUUUAAAGGAAUUUAGAUGGAUUUUGAUUUUAAUUUCAACACGGGGUUGUAAUAAAAACUCUUAGAAUAUUGCCGCUAUUUGGAUAUAAAUGUUGAUUUUGUCUCAAACAAAAAGAGCGCCCAUAUAAAACAACUUGUGAAACUUCCCGUUUAACGUACAAGGCUAAUGCCCCAACAAUCUCGUGUUCCCAAUCUAACUGAGAAAACGUAGUUAUACGAUUAUAACCAUACCAUUCUUGUACCUGUUCAAAUAUACUCUAUGAAAGAAAAUUCAAAUGUAAAUUUACAUCGUGAAGAAAUGUAGGUAAAGACAAACUAAAAAGAUAUCUUGUAUCAAUAAAACAUAGUAUAUCUAAUUUACUGUUUGCAUGUGUUUUACUUGAAAAAUAAAAACAAUUAAACAAGUUA